AGGGCUUCUGUUCUGAGCACUCGCUUUCGGCUUUAACUCUAAAACCCUAAAAAUCACUCUCUGUCGAGCUCCGUCAAUGGCAGCACGAAACCCUAAUUGCCUCUCCCGAUGGGCUCGUCUCAUCUCUCUCCAUCGUCCCACAAAACCCUCUCCCCAUCUAAUUCGACCCCUCUCGACCUCUCUCCCGCCAAAUUCCAUCCCCAAACCCCAUUUCCAAACCCACCACCGCCAUUUCUCCGCCGGCGCCGUCGCCGGCGACCGCGUGAUCCAAGAGCUCCUCGCCGAGGCCGAGAGAGAGAAGCAGCUGGAGAGAGAGCAGAAGAGAAAGGCCGGGGUCGCGGUCGAUGGGGAGGAUGAGGAUGAAGAGGACUAUCUUGGAGUCGGGCCGUUGAUCGAGAAGCUGGAGAAGAAGAAGACGAAGGAUUUGGAGAAUAUUGAUCAGUUCUGGGAGCCGACGGACUCGGAGAGCGAUGACGACGAGAGGUGGUCGCCGGAGGAGGUGAAGAAGAGGGAGGAUGAGAUUAAGAGGAAGUGUAAGAGGCAUGAGGAGUUGCUUAAGAAUUUUGCAGAAGCUGAAACUCUUGAUGAUGCACACAAAUGGAUGACUAAAAUUGACAAAUUUGAGCAGCAACAUUUGAAACUUCCGCUGGAAUACAGGGUUAUAGGUGAUAUGAUGAACCGUUUAAAGGAAUCUACUGGAAAGGAAAGAUUCAUUCUCUUACAGAAGCUAAAUCGAGCUGUGAGGUUGAUGGAAACCAAGGAGGCUUAUGACCCUAAUAAUCCUGCAAAUUUUGGCAUUAUUCAACAUCAACAAGUUGGUUCUCCUGAUGAGUUGGUGGAUAAUACUAGUUUUGAAAAGGAGAAAGCGAUGAUCCGAGGGGCCGACAUGGAGGAUGAAGAUGAAGAAUUUAAUGAAGCUAAAGAAAAUGAUGAUUUAUUGUUGGAGAAACUUAAUGCUAUAGAGAAGAAGAUUGAGCAGAAGCUGGAGGAACUUGAUCACACAUUUGGUAAAAAGGGCAGAGUUCUGGAGGAGGAGAUAAGAGAUCUGGUGGAGGAGAGAAAUUCCUUGACAGAACAGAAAAGAAGACCUCUUUACCGUAAAGGCUUUGAUGUGAAGGUUCUUGAUGUCAAUCGGACAACCAAAGUUACAAAGGGAGGUCAACUGGUAAAAUACACUGCACUGUUAGCUACUGGAAAUUACCAUGGAGUUGUGGGUUUUGCUAAAGCUAAAGGUCCAAAUGCUAAGAUUGCCAUUCAAAGGGCAUAUGAGAAAUGCUUCCAGAAUCUUCAUUAUGUGGAUCGAUAUGAAGGGCAUACAAUUGCUCAUGCUAUCCAUACACAUUAUGAGAAAACCAAGAUAUAUCUCUGGCCUGGUCCAAUGAGGAGUGGGAUGUCAGCAGGCCGGACAGUUGAAACUGUAUUGUAUUUGGCUGGUUAUAGCAAUGUAAAGUCGAAGAUUAUCGGUUCAAGGAACCCGUUAAAUGUUGUCAAAGCUCUUUUCAAAGCAUUAAAUGCUAUUGAAACACCCAAGGAUGUGCAAGAGAAGUUUGGACGAACAGUUGUGGAAUCAUACUUGGUAUAAUAAGAAUGGGAGACUCGUAUUUAGAAUUAGAACCAAAAGCGCCUUUUCUUCUACCCUUUUUGCUCUUUUACCAAAUGUGGGAGCUGAGCCAAGAUCUGUUGGAAGUGAUUUCUUAUCUGUUUUUUUUUGCUCAAUUCACCGCCCUCCCUUGUAAAUGUAAUGUUCUUCGUAUGUGAAAUGGGUGAUUCAUUUUCUUCGAGUUGCGGGUACAACCGAAACAAGAUCUGAAGGGGGGCUCGUUCUUAUCUUUUCCCUCCAUGAUUCUCAUUACUCUCCCUUCAAACUAAUUUUGAAUUGUUUGAUGUUCCCGAUAAAAGUUCUUUCUCAGUUUUGAUUA